AUGAGCGACAACGCCGCCUUCACCCUCCGCCGCGCCGACGACCUCCUCCAGCCCGAAGCCUCCGCCAAGGCCGGGGCCAGGAGCUACGCGCUCGUCGCGGCCGACCUCUUCGGGAAGGCACGCACCUGGCAUUCCGAUUCUCUCAAGUCUAAUGGCAAAAGUUCAUUGCUUACUGAAGAGGCAUCCGUAAACAUUUAUCCUAUAAUGCUUAGAGUUUCGGUCACUCGAGGUACAAAUGCACUAACGGUGAAGAUCAGUAGAAAGGACAACUCAGCCGAGAACUUUAAAAGAGCAAACAAGAUUCUGGCUUCGGAGUCUGAGCCGGUUCACAUAUGGGAUUUCUCUGGGCGAACAACCUUCAUAUUGAUGAAUGAAUGGAACCGUAUGCCCCAAGAUCCUCGGUCUUCUGACCAGGAGAUGCCUCUGGAAAUACAAUUCUAUGAUAUAUCAGAACCUCCGGCUAAUGGUGCUGCUGGGAGAAAAGAUGAGUUAGCAUUGACCAUGGGUAGCUCAGCUUUGAGCAAUGGUGGCAUCAUGGACAUGGAUCUGGAUUCAUCAGGUGGAAUCUAUCUGGUGAGGAAGUUGUGGGCUAUUGACGGAACCUCAUUUUCUCCUCGCCAGUUUAAGGCAAAACUUGCACGCUUUGCCCCCCAAUUCAGUGGCUUUAACCAACAUGAUUCACAGGAGCUUCUUGCUUUCUUAUUGGAUGGACUACAUGAAGAUUUGAAUCGUGUCAAAUGUAAACCCUAUGCUGAAGCAAAGGAUUCAGAUGGUCGUCCUGAUGAAGAGGUCGCCGAUGAGUACUGGGGCAACCAUUUAGCUCGAAAUGAUUCCAUUAUAGUUGAUACAUGCCAGGGCCAAUACAAGUCUACGCUAGUUUGCCCACUUUGCAAGAAAGUUUCCAUAACGUUUGACCCGUUUAUGUAUUUAUCUUUGCCCCUGCCUUCAACGACAAUGAGAACAAUGACCGUAACAGUCUUUAGUACUGACGGCUCUAUUGGGCCAUCUCCUUACACUGUGAGUAUACCAAAAUCUGGAGACUUUAAGACACUCAUCAAUGCGUUAAGCAAUGCUUGUUCGCUUAGAGACGACGAGCGCCUCCUGGUUGCUGAGGUUUACAAUAGUUCUCUCAUCCGCUACUUGGAGGAUCCCUCUGAUGAUAUCUCCUUGAUCAGAGAUGGAGAUAAAUUGGUUGCAUAUCGACUUCCGAAAGACAGUGAAGGUGCAGCUGUAGUGGUGUUCAAAAGCGAACGUAUGGAGUCCUCCAUCUCUAGUUUUGGUAGGAAGUCUUGGAAGAAUUUUGGCACUCCUCUUGUAUCAAAUCUCCCCGACACAAUUGAUGGGCGUACUAUCUACAAUCUUCUCCUAAAAGCUCUGACUCCAUUCCGAGAACCAAAAGAUGAUGUUUUGGAUGCUGAUCAAAUAACUGGCAAAAGCAGCCCUGUGAAUGAAACUUCAGACAUCGAUAUGAGCUCCGAUGCUGCAGAGUGCUCCAGCAUGAACACUAAUGCUGGUGAGGAUGACAUGACGACUGAAGGUGGCAUGCUAUUUUUCUUGAAUACUGAAAGGUUCCCGAACCAGCGCAUGAAGAUAGAAAUGGAUCAAACUAUUACACUUUCCAAUUUGCAGAAGCGUUUGAUUGUGUCUGUGAGUUGGCAGGAUAAUGGUCUCAAGCAAUAUAACCUUGAUUCUUUGGAUUCGCUUCCUGAGGUUUACAAGAUCGUGCUGUUUACAAGGAGACCACAGGAAACCUGUUCCCUGUAUGCAUGUCUUGAAGCAUUUAUAAAGGAGGAACCAUUGGGCCCAGAGGACAUGUGGUAUUGCCCAGGUUGUAAAGAACACCGACAAGCUAGUAAGAAACUAGACCUUUGGAGGUUACCGGAGAUCCUCAUAAUACACCUAAAAAGAUUUUCAUACAGUCGCUACACAAAAAACAAGCUGGAUACAUAUGUGGACUUCCCGAUUCAUGAUCUUGACUUGUCGAGUUAUAUCCGCGACAGAAGCGGGCAGAUGUCCAACCACUAUCAACUGUAUGCUGUCAGUAACCACUAUGGGAGCAUGGGAGGAGGUCACUACACUGCAUAUGUUUAUAAUGAUGGGAAAAAGAAGUGGUAUGAUUUUGACGACCGUUGUGUCUCAGGUCUUGAGAACGAGGAUAGCAUAAAGACGUCGGCAGCUUAUGUUCUUUUUUAUAGGCGGGAACCGACAUGGAAGGGAAGCCGCGGCGGUGAUUCUUUCCAACACCCUGACUUGAAGGCGGAGGAGAAGCUGAUAACUGCAGAUAUAGACAGGAAUGCAGGCUGGCUGUUGGCUUGUAUUUUGGUUACCGGAGCGCACGCACGUACGAAUGUUGGCGGUUAUGUUUGCCUCAAUAACGUGCACCCGGCCUGUUCCUGGGAGGCAUCAGCGCCGAGGAUCUUUAGAUUGGUCACCGAGCUAUCCAGUCUCAUUGCUAAGUCCAUUGAACUUGCAGCUGCGGAACUCAAUCGUCCCGAACUCCUUCGCAAGCGACCGCACCUUGGCAGCACGCUCAUGGUGGCCAUGGCGUCCAAAGUUGCCUCGGCCGUCGGUUUGACGGCAAGCGUGGCCAACAUCUUGCUCUCAGGAUGGCCGAAGGGAGGUUCAAACGGAAGGCUGACAGAAAUCGUACACAGCCAUCAUUUGAGGGAGAAGACUCUGUUCUGCUCAAGCUUCAGCCCUAUACCCAGUCCACGGUACCGCAUACACUCGAUAUUCCAUGUCUCUCAACUGAAGCCAUACACACCAGAUUAUGCUCUGGUCUUCUCCAAGCUACCUCGCACACCUGAUCUCACAGCUACACCGGUCGAACCAAUCGCCAUCCUCGAGCGUCUCAUGGUCAAGAAAGGUAACAGCUCAGUGGUACAAGUGAAGGUGCAGUGUUCUUCGCCAGCUGCAGAUUUGGCGUCCUGGGAGGGCAACUCAGUGCUCCGGCAUCGAUACCCUACGGCAAGAUUCUGGAAAGAAGACGCUCGCGCUCAAGGGGAGGCAAAUGUCACACCUGAUACAGUAUUAUCGGCGGACCUGUGA